UUUACACCACACCCAUGACAGGGUUCCAUAAAGAACUCAAGAAACUCAAAGCCAAAGAACCCUUACAGAACAGUUUUUCCUAGGAGUGUCCAUCACACCUUCCGCGGGACAGUACGAUGCUCGAUUUGAGUUUGAGGUGCCGACAGAUGGCUCGAUGGGCUUGCUGGCUGAGCCGCAGGUUGCCAUGUUCUGCGGGAAACUCAACAUGCACAUCAAUGUGCAGACGGGGAAGUGGGAGUCUGACCCCAGCGGCACCAAGAGCUGCAUCGGCACCAAGGAGGGGAUUCUACAGUACUGCCAGGAGGUCUACCCUGAGCUUCAGAUCACCAACGUCGUGGAGGCCAACCAGCCAAUCAGCAUCCAGAACUGGUGCAAGAAAGGCCACAAGCAGUGCCGCAGUCACCUGCACAUCGUGGUGCCAUACCGCUGUCUGGUAGGGGAGUUUGUGAGCGAUGCGUUGCUGGUUCCAGACAGAUGCAAGUUUCUGCACCAGGAGCGGAUGGACAUGUGUGAGAGCCACCUGCACUGGCACACGGUGGCCAAAGAGUCCUGUGGAGACCGCUCCAUGAAUCUCCAUGACUACGGCAUGCUGUUGCCAUGUGGGAUUGACCGUUUCCGGGGGGUGGAGUUUGUGUGCUGUCCAUCAGAGGCAGAGCACCAAUCAGAGGCCGAUGAGGACGACUCUGACGUGUGGUGGGGCGGAGCCGAGACAGACUACACCGACAACAGCAUGCCGCGGGAGGCGGGACCUGCGGGUCAGGAGGAGGCGGGGCCAGCCGUGAGGGAGGAUGAUGAGGAGGAGGAGGAGGAGGAGGAGGAGGAGGAGGAGAAGGACACAGACGGCGACGGAGAGGAAGAUGGUCUGGAGGACUUGGCCGAUGAGCGAGAGGCCGGGGAGCAGACCACCAGCGUCGCCAUGACAACCACCACCACCACCGAGUCUGUGGAGGAAGUGGUCAGAGAGGUGUGUUGGGAAGGGGCAGAUUCUGGACCCUGCUCUGGCACUAUUCCCCGAUGGCACUUUUCCCAUGAGGAGGGGCAGUGCACCCCCUUCCUGUUCGGGGGCUGUGGGGGAAACCGCAAUAACUUUGAGUCUGAGGAGUACUGCCUGUCUGUCUGCGGGAGAGCGUUCCCCACCACUGCCCCCAGGCCAGCUGACGCAGUCGACCGAUACCUGGACACACCUGCCGAUGAGAACGAGCACGCACACUUCCAACAGGCCAAAGAGACUCUGGAGGCCAAACACAGAGAGAGGAUGUCCCUGGUGAUGAGGGAGUGGGAGGAGGCAGAGAGGAAAGCUAAGAAUCUGCCGCGAGCUGAUAAGAAGGCCGUCAUUCAGAGGUUCCAGGAGAGGGUGGAGGGGCUGGAGCGGGAGACGGCCAGCGAGCGCACGCAGCUGCUGGAGACGCACAUGGAGCGCGUGGAGGCCCAGCUGGACGAGCGCCGCCGCCGCGCGCUGGAGACCUACCUCACUGCGCUACAGACCCACACUGUCACUGCGCUACAGACCGACCCCGCCAGGCCCCGUCAUGUCUUCACGCUGCUGAAGAAGUACGUCCGUGCGGAGCAGAGGGACCGGCAGCACACUCUGAAACACUUCGAGCACGUCCGCAUGGUGGACCCCAAAAAGGCCACUCAGAUCCGCCCCCAGGUCCUGACCCACCUGAGGGUGAUAGAGGAGAGGAUGAACCAGUCCCUGGGGCUGCUGUACAAGGUGCCCGGGGUCGCAGAGCAGAUACAGGACCAAGUGGAGGAGCUGAUGAGGAGGGAGCAGGUGGAGGUGUCAGCCCAGGUGUCCUCCCUGCAGAGUGAGGGGCGGGUCAGUUAUGGUAAUGACGCUCUGAUGCCCGACCAACCAGAGAGCACCGCCGCCCUGGACCUGCUUCUGCCCGAGGAGGGGCGGGGCUUCAUCCACCCCGAGAGCUUCGGCCAGGCCAACACCCAGAACCACGUUGAGCCUGUAGAUGUGCGUCCUGCCCCAGAUAGAGGACUUCCCACAAGACCAGGCUCGGGACUGAAGUUUGGGGAGGUUCCUGAGCUCAGGAUGGAGGCAGAGGAGAGACACAGUGCUGGAUAUGAGGUUCAUCAUCAGAAACUGGUGUUCUUUGCGGAGGACGUUGGUUCCAAUAAGGGCGCCAUCAUUGGGCUGAUGGUGGGCGGGGUCGUCAUAGCAACGGUCAUCGUCAUCACCCUGGUGAUGCUGAGGAAGAAGCAGUACACCACCAUUCAUCACGGAGUGAUAGAGGUGGACGCAGCGGUGACCCCUGAGGAAAGGCACCUGUGUAAGAUGCAGCAGAACGGCUAUGAGAACCCCACAUACAAGUUCUUCGAGCAGAUGCAUAACUGAGACCCUACUACGCCAAAUAACCCCACCCCUAUAAUAAUAACCCCGCCCCUAUCACAAAAGCCCUGCCCCUAUCACAAUAACCCCGCCCCUAUCCUAAUAAGCACCCCUGACUUCACCCCAUUCCCCAAAACCCUAAACAGGACAGUGUGGGCGGGGCUGUAACUACAGGCCCCAGCAUCUUUCUCUGUCACCAUGGGAACGAGCAGGGCCUAUAUUUGACUGUAGGUGUGUUGCUGUGCCUCAGUGUGACUGAGUGGCCUGUCUCUUUUUUGGUGUUUUUGGGGAAGUUCAGGCAUUUGGUCGGGUUCUGGUCCAGCCCGGUAAGGUCUCUUCCUGUCUGCCCCCCCUCCCCCCCUCCCCCCCCACAGCACAGGGGGGUGAGAGGUCAGUGUCAGUACCCCCCUCCUCUGUGCUCAUCGAGGACAGCUGUGCUGUCUGAUCACAGAAGCUUCUUAAUGGGAAAUAAUAAUGAUGAUAAUAUAAAGCAUAGUGAUGAUGAUGAUGUAAUUCUUCACUUAUUUUUCUUUUUUGCCGUUUUGAGUUUUGUUUUCCAAAAAAAAAAAAAUGACAUGCAGAAGGUAAAGUGGGAAUAUUUUAUUUUUCUGUUUCUGUUUUUUUGUGAUGUAUAUUGAAUUAGUGGCAGAGAGUAGCUGUACCUGUUUUAGUGCAUGACAAUGACUACAAAAGAAGAAAAAAAAAAGGGAUUUUGGUUCUGCUGCUUGGACAGGUGUUUUCUCACGUAGAGAUCGUGUUAUUUAGCAGGAUUGUACAUUUCGUAUAUUGUGGUCACGUAAUUUAAAAAAGAAAAACAACCAAUGUGGUCUGUGGUCUAUUGUUACCAUGGAGACAUGCUUUAAAAGAAAUUGAUGUGUUUGUUCAUUUUUUCAACCAUGCCAUGCCCCCCUGUGGCCAGAGAAGACAUUGCAGGGGAUUGGAUAGCUGUAGAACUGUAAUAUUAUUUAAAUAUUGUAAUGUUUUCUAUUGUUUGGUUUACUAUGCAUUUCACUCUCAGUAUAUGUUGUUAUGUUCAACAGUAUGUUAAUUUCCCUUUUUUACCGUGUUCCUUCGCCGCGUUGGGGGGGUAUGUGGAGGUUUGGGGGGGUAUGUGGAGGUUUUGUGAAUUUAACUUUUAAUAUUUUGCUGCUUCUCAUCUCAGCAGAUCUCAUGUGUGAGGGGAAAGGGGUUCUGUGAUAUUCAGGGAUAACAGGGGGACUCACAUCACGUCUGUAUAUACCACUCUCCUUCCUCUCUUCCUCGCUCUCUCCCUCCUCUUCCUCUCUCCCUCCUCUCUUCCUCUCUCCCUCCUCUUCUUCCUCUCUCCCUCCUCUCCCUCUCUUCCUCUCUCCCUCACUCUUCCUCUCUUCCUCCUCUCCCUCUCUUCCUCUCUCCCUCCUCUCUUCCUCCCUCCUCUCCCUCUCUUCCUCUCUCCUCCUCUCUUCUCUUCCUCUCUCCCUCCUCUCUUCCUCUCCCUCCUCUUCUUCCUCUCUCCCUCCUCUCCCUCACUCUUCCUCUCUUCCUCUCUCCCUCACUCUUCCUCUCUUCCUCUCUCCCUCACUCUUCCUCUCUUCCUCCCUCCCUCCCUCCUCUCCCUCUCUUCCUCUCUCCCUCACUCUUCCUCUCUUCCUCUCCCUCCUCUCUUCCUCUCUCCCUCCCUCCUCUUCCUCUCUUCCUCUCCCUCCUCUCUCCCUGCUCUCCCUCACUCUCCCUCCUCUCUCCCUGCUGCCCUGCCUGUCUCGCUGUUCCUCACCCAUUCACACCUGUCCUAGAUGUGUGUGGGGUAAAUAUAUCUGCCCCUGAGUGGGGUAUACUCACCUACCCUAGAUGUGUGUGGGGUAAAUAUAUCUGCCCCCGAUUAGUGUAAAUACAUCUGCCCCAAGAUGUGUGUGGGGUAAAUGUAUCUGCCCCCAAGUGAGGUAUACUCACCUGCCUGAAGAUUUGUGUGGGGUAAAUAUAUCUGCCCCCGAUUGGGGUAAAUACACCUGCCCCAGAUGUGUGAGGGGUAGAUUAUUUUGGUCCCUUCCAUUCUGUCCAGUUGCACAAUUUCUUGAGGGUCUGAUUCUGAUCCCAAAUCAUUCAGUCUACACGCAACAUUCACAUGACUGGUAACCUUCAUAUGACUGGUAACCUUCAUGACUGGUAACCUUCAUGACUGGUAACCUUCAUAUGACUGUAAAUCACAAUGUAACACUGUAACACUA